GCAGGAGAAGGAGCGUGAAGUGAUUUGUAUGCGUUACAGCACUAAUACUACCACAGAUUACAGGUUCGGGAGUCAUAUCUACAGAGCGAUCUGUUUUUCUACUGGCACCCUGGUUCGCCUUGGACACUCUCUUCUCUUUGAUUUAUCAGACACCUGAGCGAAUAUCUCCACCCAUUCAUAAACCCAAAGCCGUUUAUAUCUUUUUCCCCCCCCCUCCCUUCUAAACAUUCGAUGUUUCCCCGCUCCCGGUUUUUUGGCUGGCGUUGUAGGCUGCACGCGGGGAAAGUUUCUACGACUGGAAGCGUGGAACGAAUGGCAUCCUAAAUAAGGUUGAUGCGGAAAAACCGUUUGACAAGCAAAUAAAUUCGGGAGGAAUUCGGAAAGCUGAGCAGGACCUGCACAGCGCGUGAUGCCAGGACUGUGAUCGCCAUGCGGGUCACGUGGUCGAAUGUCGCCCCCUUCAUCAUCAUCGUCAUCAUCAUCGCCGUCAGCUCAGAGCUGCUGGAAGAAGCCCUCAAUCAGGGUACGGUCAGAGAGGGCGGAGCCAGUGAGGAAGCCACGCCCACCUCUACCUCCGAACACGAGGAUGACAACUCGUUGGGCUACACAGGGUCCCGCCUGCGCCAGGAGGACACGCCCCCCCAGAUCGUGGAGCACCCCUCCGACCUGAUCGUGCCCAAGGGGGAGCCGGCCACCCUCAACUGCAAGGCGGAGGGGCGCCCCACCCCCACCGUGGAGUGGUACAAGGACGGGGAGCGGGUGGAGACGGACCGGGACAGCCCCCGCUCCUACCGAAUGCUCCUCCCCAGCGGCUCCCUCUUCUUCCUCCGCAUCGUCCACGGGAGGCGGGUCAGGCCGGACGUGGGCGUGUACGUCUGCAUCGCCCGCAACUACCUGGGGGAGGCGGUCAGCCACAACGCCUCGCUGGAGGUGGCCAGUAAGUGGCGCUGUCUGAUAGCAUUCGUUCUUCUCCACCACAAGGGGUGA